GUUUUUAUUUACAGUUAAUUUGACUGACACAAGUAAGUUGAGAGAAUAAACAAAGAAAACGAAAAGGUUAUGACGUUUUAAAGAAGGGAAGAAAACUACCGUGGGUUAGUCGCAAAGUAAUGUAUUUCUACCGCAAAGAUCAACAAACAUUUUCACAUCAGGCUGGAAUGAAGGCAGUGCAAGAUAGCUUGACUCAAGCUGAAGAGGUGAAGAAAGUAAGAUCAAGUGUCCAGCUUCAUGAGAAGUGAGCCAGCAGUGAAGGUCUGAUGUUACCUCAGCCCAACAAGUCAAUAAGUGCAAUCAAACUUUAGCCAUAGAAAUGCACGAAGAUAUGUCUACCAUGGAGAAUGAAGUCCUGGUUCUAAGUACACGCCACAUAAAGAAUGAACCAAGAACUGUGAAUGAUAUACAAGACAUCCUGAGUACUAAUGCAAUGCUUAAAACAGGAAGUUCAUUUUUCUCUGAUUCUCAUGAGGCAAAUUUCUCACAAACUGGUUCCAUUCAGCUUGAGAACAGCUCUUGUCAAGGAAACUGUAAAAUAAAAAUCAAGUCUGCUGCACAUAUUCAGCAGAAAAACUGAAAGCUUAUCGUGAAAUUAAGCUCUCAAGAUUCCAUUUGCUCAACGAAAACUGAGCAAGAUCAUGUGGAUGUUGAAAAGACAGAAUGGCCGCACAUUUUGGAAGAAAGAGAAAAAAAGCAUGGUUUUAUAGUGAAGACUGAGACAGAUUGGCCUGGUAAACAUGUUUUUAAGCAGCAUGGUAAGAAAUGUCAGGCAAGCAGCAAGCACAUGGGAGCAUCAAAAUUAAUGGCAGGCAGAAUAAUGGAGCAUCAGGUGGUGCAUGAUGCAUCACAGGAAGUGGAGUGGAGUUAUGUGAAAACUGAAAAUAUCUCAUCAUGUUCAUCAUCACCCAAAGUUCAAGAGAUGAAUGCUGCUGGCUGUAACACUCCUAAGAUAAUGGAUAUUGUGACUGAAAGUUGCCAUCAUCAAACACAUCAUGGAGUGUCAAAGAUCAAUAACACUAUUGGAUCAGAAAACCAACACAAUGAUAGUCAUAUCCAGUCCUCUCAAUAUGGUCUGUGUACAUCUUUCAAAUAUCCAUCCUUUCUAAAAGAAUGCACGAUGACCCAGAAUGCUGCUAGAGCUCACCAGUGUGGUGUAUGUAAAUAUGCUUUUAAGUACAAGUCAAGUUUAAAACAGCACAUGUUGGUCAAGCAUGCUGUUAAACCUCAUGAGUGCCUCGUGUGCAAAGGUGCUUUCAAGUACAAGUCUGACUUAAAACAGCACAUGCUUAUAAUGCAUGAUAUUCAACCUUAUCAGUGCUUUGUGUGUAAAACUGAUUUUCAGUACUUUCACAAUCUGAAAAGGCACAUGUUGAUCCAUGGUGGUGUUAAGCCUCAUCAGUGCAGUGUGUGUGAUGCUACUUUCAGUUAUUCAUCCAAAUUAAAAAGGCAUAUGCUGAUCCACAGUGAUAUUAAACCCCACGAGUGUAGUGUAUGUAAAGCUGCUUUUAAGCGUACAUCUGAUUUAAAAAAUCACAUGAUGAUCCACAGUGAUGUGAAACCUCAUCAGUGCAUUGUAUGUAAAGCUGCUUUUCGAAAGCUGUCCAAUUUAAAAAACCACAUGGUGAUCCAUAGUGAUGAUAAACCUCACCAGUGCAACCUGUGUAAAGCUGCUUUUGGGUUGCCAUCCUAUUUAAAAAAGCACAUGGUGAUCCACAGUGAUGGGGAUGUUAGAGUUAAAGUGAAACCUCACCAGUGCAGCGUGUGUCAAACUGCCUUUAGGUCCUUAUCUGAUUUAAAAAGGCACAUGGUGGUCCACAGUGAUGUAAAACCUCACCAAUGUGAUGUCUGCAGAGCUGCUUUUAGGAAGCUGUCUGACUUAAAACGGCACAUGGUGAUCCACAGUGAGGAUGAUGUGAAACCUCAUCAGUGCAGUGUGUGUAAAGCUGGUUUUAGCUGCUUAUCCAAUUUAAAAAGACAUGUACUAAUCCACAGUGACAUUAGACCUCACCAAUGCGGCAUAUGUCAAGCUGCAUUUAGGUGCUCAUCUGAUUUAAAAAAGCACAUGGUGAUUCACAGUGACAUUAAACCUCACCAGUGCAGUGUGUGUAAAGCUUCUUUUAGGCACUCGUCCAAGUUGAAAAGACACAUGAUGACCCACAGUGAUGUUGAACCUUUCCAGUGCAAUGUGUGUAAAGCUUGUUUUAAGUACAGGUCCAGUUUAAAGGACCACGCACUGAUCCACAGUGAUGUUAAACCCCAUGAGUGCAUCGUGUGUAGAGCAACUUUUAGGUACUUGUCCAAUUUUAAACGACACAUGCUAAUUCACAACAAGCUGCCCUGACAUACUCAAGCUGUUUAAACAGCUUGU